GCUCCUGAGUCAUUUCGACCGAAGAACCUUCACGUCCAAAUCUUGGUCACACCAUGUGGUCAUUGCUCCUUUUGUAGGUUUUCCGGUCAAUAGCAGGAAUAAUUACAUGGUUGCACAGCUUUAAAGCUGGGUUGUUUCUCUUCGAAUUAACAUCAAGGCUGGUGUCGAAUUCUGGAAAGCCUUAUAUGGUAAUGAAAGCUGGCCUUGCUUAAAGCCUGAAACUGUCAACUUCUGUUUGAUAAAAGAUCAAAAAAUCCAAAUCAAAAUGCAGGAUCCUAAUGAAGACACCGAGUGGAAUGACAUCCUCAGGAAAAAAGGGAUCAUCCCUAAAAAAGAAAAAGAGGUUACUGAAGAAGACAUCGUCAACAUGGUAGAGGCGACUGUGCAAGAGAAGCAAAAUCAAGAUGGAAAGCCACUCGAUGAGCUUACUUUGGACGAGUUGGAUGAGUUGGAGGAUGAUGAGGAUGAAAGGGUUCUGCUUGAAUACAGGCAAAAGAGAAUUGCUGAAAUGAUGGAGCAAAUGUCAAAGGCUCGCUAUGGGUCCGUACUAGAAAUCAGCGGCCAGGAUUACGUCGAUGAAGUCAACAAGGCUGGAGAAGGAGUUUGGGUGGUUCUUCACUUGUAUAAAACAGGGAUACCUCUUUGUGCUUUGUUGAAUAUGCAUUUGGCAGAGCUGGCCAGGAAAUAUCCCAAAACAAAAUUUAUCAAAAGUAUAUCCACCACAUGCAUACCAAACUUUCCCGACAAAAAUUUGCCAACGAUAUUUGUAUAUUUUGAAGGAGUCAUGAAAGCUCAGUAUAUCGGCGCAGCUGAAUUUAGAAGAGAGGACAUCUCUGUUGAAGAGGUUGAAUGGAUGGUUGGUAAAACUGGUGCUAUUGAAACUGAAAUUAAAGAAGACCCAAGGCCCAAGGAGAAGCCAAGGGAUGUCCUUUUUUCACAAUUACAAGCUGAAGGUGGUGCAAAUGAUUGGUUUUGAACUACUUUCUCACAAUUUAUAGGAUUGUUUUUUAUGUUUGAACAAUGAUUUAAAAAUCAAAUUAUAUCUUUGUUAAUUUUAUUUAUGUUUUUGUUUUAUUAACAUUACAAUGUAAUCAUUCAAUGUAAUAAUUACAAGUAAAUUUAGUAUUACUUUUAUUUACACAAAAAAAGUUGUGUUUUAUGUAAGUGUGUAUAUAAUAUUAAUAAAAUAUUUAUACAUUGA